CGACAACCCUACCACUCCCGUCCAGCAUCAGCAUCAUCAGCAUCAUCAGCAUCAUCAGCAUCGUUAGCAUCGUCGCUGCCAGUUAGCGGCAAUAAAUCUCCAUUUCUCGUGACCUACAUGUACUUCUCAAAGCAGCUUUCUAGCGGCUGGGAACAUCGUUACGGCUCAUUAGUGACGGUCUCAAUGAGGGACCCUUGUUCGAGAAUACCCUCAGUGGUCAGUGCUUGCUGGACUCUGAGCUAGGCUGGCCCCGCCUGGGUCCUCGAGGUCCCGGAGGGGCGACUGACUCGAUCACCAGAUGUUGUUCAUUCGCGGGAGUCGGUCUGUUCUAUUCAAGUCGCCUGUAAUCGUUGCACGGUCAUGGAUACUAUAGGUGAGAUACUGUGUGAUGAGCCCUAUAUCACGCCUGUGAGGAGUGAGGACGUUCAGCCAUGAUAAAGAGCAAAUCGAGACUCACCUCGAGAGCAUCCUCGUUAUUGGAUAUUAACCUACUCGGACGCGAUUACCAGCGACUUCGCUGGCAGCCCGACAUUUCCUUUGUGCUCGCCUCGAGUAUGUUCACUGCCGAUCGAGAGUCCACAACACCUUUCCGACCAUGGGUUCUAUCCUCUGCUAACAAGGUCGAGUAUCCGGUUAUCAAUCUUUACAGGUCUCAAUAUGUCGAAUCCACGGAGGUCUUAUACUAUAUCAUCAUUGAGUUUGUAUUACGUCUCGCCACCUCCAGAUUGAUCAGUCUACUUCCAUCCAGUUGGUUGCAAUUUAUUGUACGCAGUGCAUUUCCUGCUUGGCCGUCGCUCAAGCACACUGUCGUAGCUUCAGCUCAUUAACUGCGGUGAUCUUAUUCCUGUUGUUUACUUCCUUCUGAAAGUUGCCUCUGAAUCGCCACAUUCUGAAGUUCUUCCCAUAGCACACUGCUGA